GGGAAGCGAGACGCGUCCGGACAGCGCGAGCUUCUCUAAUUCUGCGGCCGGCGACGCUCCGAAAAAUCGGUCGGCUGCCCUGCCGUGGGCUAAAGGUUUCCUCCUUCCGAGCGAGGUUUAGUCUUCCGGGUCUGCCAAAGCCACCAUUCACGAGAAAAUGGAAUUUCAGUUCAACUUUUCUGUAGACAAAAUAGCGGAAAACAGAACAGAUUUUGCUGAGAAUGAAAAGCUACAGCAGGAAAUAGUCCUACUGAAUAAUCAAGGAGACAUUUCAGAAGACAGCAGUGAGAUUACCUCAGAAGAAAAUAAAAUAAAUCAGGAGUAUUUAUCAGGAACCACUGCUAAAAUAUCAGACCACAACACUUCGAAUGCAAGACCAGACACAAGUUUGUUGACGAAAAAAUCCUGUCCCAAAUCUGCCAAGGUACAUAACAUUCCUAAAGAUGUCAGUAAAGUCCUUGAAAGCAAAAUUCUUGGAACUUUACCAGGCAUUCACUAUGCGAAUAUUUCUGUGGUGGAGACUGCACUCCCAGGUAACUCUGUUGGAGAAAACAUAUUGUCUAAGAGUAUUUCUUCUCAGUCUGACCUAAUUACAGGUGUCUAUGAAGGAGGUCUAAAGAUCUGGGAAUGCACUUUUGAUCUCAUGGAUUAUUUGUCAGAAACUGACAUUCAGUUUGCACAAAAGUACGUUCUGGACCUUGGCUGCGGAGCUGGACUGUUAGGAAUAGUUGCUCUAAAAGGAAAUGCCAAAGAAGUUCACUUUCAAGAUUAUAACAGUGCAGUAAUUGAAGAAAUCACCAUGCCUAACAUACUGGCUAAUUGUUCUCUUCAAGAUGAUAAUGGUGAACGAGAUAGCCAACAACUAGAUAGUCAAUCUAGGAAAAAAGACUUCACCCAAGAUUUUCUGUCUAAAUGCAAGCUUUUUUCUGGGGAAUGGUCAGAAUUUAGUAAACUUAUUUUAAAUAAUAAGCCCUUUGCAAAAUAUGAUCUCAUACUUACCUCAGAAACUAUUUAUAAUCCUAAUUACUAUGAGGCUUUCCAUGAUGCACUUUCAAGUUUAUUGGCAAUAAAUGGCACCAUAUUUUUAGCUAGCAAAGCACAUUAUUUUGGGUGUGGAGGAGGGAUCCACAUUUUUACAAGUUUUAUAGAGAAGAAAAAUGUAUUUAAAUCUCAGACAGUUAAAGUUAUUGAUAAGGGGCUCAAGCGUUUCAUUAUUGAACUGACAUUUAAGAAUUCCUGUUAACAUGCUGUCAGGUUCAACACUUCAUUAAAUAUUUAUUUUCUGUUACUCAGAAUUAUUCUAAUAAAUGGCUAGCACAUUUUACUACUACCAAAGCUCUUUUCACUUGCCUUUAUUUCUCCUUGUUUCCCCUUUUCUUUGAAUUAUUUAGAAUUAUUUGUGCAGGAUAUGUACAUCAGCAUAUUUUCUAGCUUAAUUUUGUCUAGCAGCCUCUCCCAUGAAUUUCUAAGACUGCAUUCUUUUAUGGACCUAUUUGAUUCAACAACUGUUAUUUCCUCAUCUAAUUCAUUUAAGACAUACGACUUGUGCAGUAUUUUUCUAAAACAUCAAUCACAGUUCAUAGUUAUCCCAAUAUUUCUUACUGGCAUAAAGAUCCAUCUAGUCUAAGAACUUGAGGCAGCUGCUUUAAAAGAGCAACAUAGGAACAUUGUUUAUUCUUUACUUAAAAAUCAACAAGUUUCCACUUAAA